UGUUUACCGGGGGCGGGGCGGCGGCGGCUAUAAGAGCGGCACCGGGGGGCGUGCGGCUCCCGGGCUGCCCGCACCGCCCCCGCGCACCCCCGACCCGCACCCGCCGCAGCGUCCCCGCACCGCACCCGAACGGAGUAUCCGCCGAUUCAUUCGGGGAAGAAACCCCGGAGCAUCCCGGAGCAUCCUCGGGGCGGCGCGGAGCAUCCCCGGGCCGGUACGGAGCAUCCCGGAGCAUCCUCGGGGCGGCGCGGAGCAUCCCCGGGCCGGUACAGAGCAUCCCGGAGCAUCACCGAGCCGGUCCGGAGCAUCCUCGGGGCGGCGCGGAGCAUCCUCGGGGCGACGCGGAGCAUCCCGGAGCAUCCUCGGGGCGGUGCGGAGCAUCCCCGGGUCCGUGCGGAGCAUCUCCGAGCAUCCCCGGACCGGAUCGCUGCGGAGCAUCCCCGAGCUCGGAGACGACCGGGCCGAUCCCGGGACCCCUCCGGAGCAUCUCAGCGGCCGCCGCCCCGGCGGAGCCGCCCCCGCCGUGCGCCCCCGGGCCCCGGCGCGGCCCCCUGCGCCCCGCCCCGCCGCCGCCGCCCGCUCCGCACAAUGGGGGCGGCGCGGCGCGGCGCGUAGCGGCGGGCGGGGAGGCGGCGGGCGGGGGGGGGGAAGAGGAGGAGGAGGAGGAGGAGGCGGCGGCGGCGCCGGGGGGGUCCCGGUCCCCGUCAUGGUGCAGCGUGGGGCACGGGGCCGGGGCGCGGAGGCUCGUCGGGAGCCCUGCGCCCCGCUGCCCACCCGCGACGCCGAACCCGCCUGGUGCAAGACGCCGAGCGGGCACAUCAAGCGCCCCAUGAACGCCUUCAUGGUGUGGUCGCAACACGAGCGUCGCAAGAUCAUGGACCAGUGGCCUGACAUGCACAACGCCGAGAUCUCCAAGCGCCUGGGCCGGCGCUGGCAGCUCCUCCACGACUCCGAGAAGAUCCCCUUUGUCAAGGAGGCCGAGCGCCUGCGCCUCAAGCACAUGGCCGACUACCCCGACUACAAGUACCGGCCUCGAAAAAAGGGCAAGGUGGGCGCCGGCGCGUCCCGCCCGCGCCUCCCGGUGAAGAUCAAGCCCUCCGUGCUGGGCCGCGUCUCCUCCAGCCGCAGGCAGCCCGCCAAGCCACCCGACGCCCCGCAGGAGCCCGCGCCGGAGGUGCCCACCGAGGACUGCCCCGCGGCACCUGGCAUGGCCGCCUGGCACAUGGCACCCACCGGGGAGAGCAGCCCCCAGGAGCCCCCCGCGCCCCCAAGCCCUGCUGCCGCCUGCCCUGAGCCGGGGAGGUCCCCAGAGAGCGGGUCCCCCUCUCCCAUGUCAGCCGGGUCCCCUCCCUCUUCCUUCAGCUCCUCUGAUGAGGAGCUGGAGGAAGAGCUGCUGGGGGUCCUGCCCGGGCGGGCCCCCGCCGGUGCCGCCUGCGGUGCCCUGGACUGGUCCGUCUUCGACAAGGACCACGACCUCUUCCCGCGGGGAGGCUCCUCGCACUUCGAGUUCCCGGACUAUUGCACGCCCGAGGUGACGGAGAUGAUAGCAGGGGACUGGCUCAUGUCCAGCAUCUCGGACUUGGUCUUUACCUACUGAGUCCCACGCUCUGCAGCUGUUUACAUGCAGGAAUCAGGUAUUUUGCCUUGAAGCCGCUGGAAGGCAGAGCUCCCUGCUCACCCCAUCCCCCCGGCACACACCCACUCCUCGUCCGUCCGUCUGUCGGGCCCUCGCCUCGCGACUGCAGGACGCGUGGCCGGCCGCCGCGGUUAUUUACCCGUGAAAUGCGAGUGUCUAAUCGGGUUUUCAUUGUCAGCGCCCGGCCCCUUCCCCCUGUGGCUCUGGCCACCGCGGCGCUGCCGGCCAUGGCUGCUCCUGGCCGCUCCCUUCCCCGCCAGCCACUGCCCCGUGUUCCUUCCUGCUCUCCGGGAGCGCCCAUGCCAGCCCCGGCUCCCGGUGCCCAUCCUGCCCUCCCCAUUCCUUGGGGAAUGGCCAAUUCCUUUUGCUUUUUGACUGCAUUUAAAGCACGUCUUCAGUUUUCUCCUUUUCCUUGUGGCAGCCCUUGGGGAGGGAUCCCUGGCUGUGCCACGUGCGGGGGUGACAGAGCCGUGUGGAGCCCUCCCUGCUCGACACCCCGUUUCAUGGGGAUCCCCGGCUUUGGGGGUUCAGUGUCCCACGGGACAGGCUCUUUCCCUGCGGCGUGCGCUCGCCGCCGCUGACUUUGGGAAGAGCGAAGUUGCGCGCACGUGAUCCGCACGUGGCCGCGGGAGGCUGUGUUGUUCCUCUCGCCGGGCAGCUGUGCACCCCGAAACCCGGCGGGAACGAGCCCUUCCCGGAGCAGCCAGCCCCCAUUUCAGCCUUGGACCCCGUGCCCACGUGGGACUCGGUCCCAUCCGGCUCAUCUUGGCCGCUGGAGCCGGGUCCCACCGUGCCCGGCCGCGGUGGGCGAUUCUGCCGGGGUGGUGGGGAGCGUGCUGGGUGGCUGGGAAGGGAUGCUGAGGGAAAUCUGCCUUAAGCAACCACCCAAACGGAGCUGAGAGCAGCGGCAGCUGAUGCCGGUGGGCGCACGGCGUGUGGGCGAUGCUCUGGCGCGGUGCUCCUCCACGCCGUGCCCCGCUGCCGGCUCCGCCAAGAGCAGGGGCUUCCCAGCGGAGCGCUGCCAAGGAGCUUCCCGGCAAGGAAGGUCCUGCCGCAGCGUCUCCUCCAGCCAGGUUUUUCUUUGCUUUUCUUAAUGGCUCCUUCCUGCAACGAGCUGUCUCCUGCUGCCGGGGAGCACGUGGCUGUAGUGUCGGCUCGGUGGCCGCCGCAGGCUGCGUUUUUGGGUUAGGGGCUGCGCUCAGGUACGGCUGUGCUGUGUCGGGUGGUGGCGGGGACCCCGACCACCCCGAGCUGCGGGCCCUGGGGAUGUGGCCAUGGCAGGGGCUGGCGGCACCCGGAGGAGCUCUACUGGGCUCAGCAGGGACUACAGCUUGAAGCAGCCACUGAGGUCCCCCAUGUCCCUGAUUCCCCAGGGGCUCUGGGUGUGUGGGAGCCCCUCUGACCCUUCCCAGGCAGUGGGGUGCUGGGGACAGUGGGGGACCUGCUCCCUGGGGCUCUGCCUCCCCGUUUUGGGGCUGCGGGUUCCUCCGGUCUCAGGCUGCCCCGUGCCUGCCCACUGCUGUGGGGCUGGACGGCGUUGCCACCAGGGGAAGGGUAUUUCCCCCCCCACCCUGGGCCCUGGCAUCCCCCCAGGGUGCCUUGGAGGGGGGGACCUGCCUGGUCCCACUGCCAGAGGUGCCGGUGGCCCUGGCUCAGCCGUGGGGACAGGCACCACGGCGCAGGGAGAGGUGUGUCCCCGUCCCCUUCGCAGGGAUGCUCGGUGUCCCCCAGCCCCAUCCCGGGUGGCCUCGGGGUCCCCUCAAGGCGCCUCCCUGACGGCCAGCCAUCAGCAUUGUAGAUGUGUCGGUGUGUAGCGGUAGCUGUGCGUGUGUGUGUCGGCAUUGCGUUAGCCGCGGUGUUUCAGUAGCCCCGGUGCGGGUGCCAGCCUGCCGAGGCAGGCGGGUGUCACGCAUCAGACACGUGUUCCCCGUAUAGAGCGCGUCCCCGUCCCUGCUCCCCCCAGGCCGUUCCCCACCAGACCCAAACAAGCCAAAUAAGCGCCGGGCCAGCCGCGACGCCGGCAGCCUGCUCCCGCCUCGCCGCCCUCCUGGGGAGGCUCUGCCUUCCCACACCAGGAGCACCCCAAGCCCCCUCCCACGCGUGAGCCGGGUUUGGGGUUCCCGUGGGGUCCUGCGGCCCCGGGGCUCUCCAACGCGCACAGAUCUCACCCAGCACCUCGGUGCCUUCUCGGGCUGCGCGGCCGCCUCGCGCCGUGGCCAGAAGCGCUUGGCAAAGGUGCCGAGGCUGCCGGCCGCCCGCCCUCCAUCCUCGUCCACGGGGAAGCCAAAGCCCCCAGGCACUGGCCUGAGGCCACGGUGAGGGUCUCGCGUCAUACAUGUGCUUUGCCAGUCCUGCAGCUCGCGGGGCUGCAUCUCCUGUUCCCAGUGGGGACACGGGUGGCCCGGGGUCCCCGCGGUCCCCUGCGUGCCGUGCAUCACCCGUGGGCCGAGGUGCUCCCUCCACGGACUGUCAGGCGAAACGUUUCCUCAGGAGCAGGUUCUGGGUCAGCGCCAGAACCGGAGCCAGAGCCGGGGCCCCCCCCCUGCCCCCACCUUGCCCCGGCCACAAGCACAACACCAUCCGCUUCGUCCCUGUCCCCCUCCCCGCCCCCUCCCCAGUCCCCUGUCCCCCUCCUCGAGACUCGCUGGGUGUGUUUGUUGGGGGAAGAACCGUUGUGGACAGUGGUGGAUUUUUCUGUGCCGUGUGGUUGUAGUGCUUAGAGACCCCCCCAGCGUGCGGCCCCCUCCCGCUGCGCCCCCCGCCUCCCCGCUGCCCGGUGCUGGCUGGCAUGCGUGUGCGAGCGUGUGUGCGUGCGCGUGCGAC